CCGGCGGCCCCGAGAUAAAGGCACGGGAAGCGGAGCCGGCUGGAGCCGCAGCGGAGGGCGCUCGGGUUUAGCGGAGGAGCGAGCCGGCUCAGCGGCCGGGGGACGAGCCAGCCCCGCCGGCUCCCCCCCACUCCGGCUCCCGGACCCUCCCCGCCCUCUGCUCGCCCGCUUGAAAAGUUUUGCCCGGGGAGCGCGGCGGUGCCGGGGCGCCCGCCAGCCUCAGCCCGCCAUGGGUGCUGCCCCCCCGGCCCGCCCUCGCCGGCGCUAGGGCAGGGCGCGGAGGAGAGGGAAGGAGCGGAGCCGGCAUGGGCAGGAGCCCGCCGCGGGGCUGAGCGGCGCUCCGGAGCGAGGUGUGCCUGUGAAGCUCGGCGAUGGCGCGUCCGCAGCGGGCGGCGGGCGGGGAGAGCUAGCGGCGUCGGCGGAGCCCCCCGGAGCCGCGCCCGGGACGUGUCCCCGUCUCUUCGGCAUGGCGGGGGCUGCCCGCGGCGGCGGGCCCCGUUGCCCGACUGUCAGCCUGCUCCUGGGAGCCCUGCUCUGCGGAGUGGCAGAGUGUCGAGGGGUCUUGGACAGUAAUCAGAGAUUUUCUUCAUUACCAACAUACCUACCUGUGAGCUAUCGGGUCUUCAGUGCUGAGACAUCUUUCUUUCUCAAAGAAGCCAACCAGGACUUUAUGAGAAAUUCCAGCUUGCAGUCCAGGGUGGAAUCGUUCUUCCCAUAUAAAGCCAAGAGACCACCUAUAUUAAAUGCCAGCUAUGGACCUUUCUCCGUUGAGCAAGUUGUGCCCCAGGACCUAAUGUUAACGUCCAACUUUUUUGGAUCUGCCAACAAGUUUACUUAUAACUGGAAACUUCAGGCCUACAUAAUGAGCAACAAAAUUUACCUGAGCAAACCCAAAGUCCAGGUCCUGUUCUACAUUGUGGGCAGGGACUGGGAUGACUACAGCACCACGGAAUGGCUGCCCUGCCUGCGGGUGUUUGCCUUUCGAGAGACGCGGGAAGUCAGAGGCAGCUGCAGGCUGAAAGGGGAUCUGGGGUUGUGUGUGGCAGAGCUGGAGCUCCUGCCAAGCUGGUUUAACCCCCCUAUGGUUGUCACGGGCCGUAAGAAGCCACCAGAUCCGUUUGAAGGGAGCCCUGUGGAGCUUUACUAUACUAUUCAACCAGGAGACGAGAAGGGAGAGUGUACCACUGAGGAUAUAAGGAAGGGAAAUGCUAUCCGGCCAGGAAAAGAUGGCAUGGAUGAAACCAUGUCCCACUUACAGAGGAUUGGAUCUGUCAGCCUCUAUCGAGGCCAGGAGACUUCUCAGCUAACUGAGCUACGGCUGGAUAGUAAUAUUGUUGUCUGGUUGCCCUCAAAGCCUGUCAAACAAGGAGAGGUUGUGAAUGUUUAUGUGACAAUUGCCAACAAUUCUACGGUGGAUCAGUUCAUACUCAGGGCAAAGGUGAAGAAAGGUGUAAACAUUCUGAGUGCAAAGACAAGUGACCCCCGGCAGUGGGACGUGAAACAAGAGGUGGGGAAUGGUGGAAAGCAUUCGACCACAACGGUUAUUUGUCAGAGGAUAGCACCAAGUUCAAGGAACAGAAGUAACAGUUUAUUCAAUGAGGUCGUGCAGAUGAACUUUGAAAUAGCCAGUUUCAGCAGCCUUUCUGGAACGCAGCCCAUCACCUGGCAGGUGGAAUAUCCUCGGAAGGGGACAACAGACAUAACCUUGUCUGAAAUCUUCAUCUGCCAGAAGGAUCUUGUUGGAAUAGUUCCAUUGGCAAUGGACACGGAAAUCCUGAACACUGCAAUUCUCACGGGAAAAACAGUGGCAGUGCCCAUCAAAGUGGUCUCCAUUGAGGAGAACAGUGCUGUGACAGACAUCUCUGAAUCAGUUGAGUGCAAAUCCUCUGAUGAAGACGUCCUUAAAGUUUCUGACAGAUGUGACUAUGUUUUUGUCAAUGGCAAAGAAAUGAAGGGCAAGGUGAAUGCGCUUGUGAACUUCACGUAUCAGUAUCUGAGUGCUCCUCUGCAAAUCACAGUCUGGGUUCCACGCUUGCCUCUUCAGAUCGACAUUUCAGACACAGAACUGAGCCAAAUAAAAGGCUGGCGAGUCCCAGUUGUUUCCAACAAAAGACCCACCAGAGACAGUGAUGAUGAGGAUGAAGAUGAGCGGAAAGGAAGAGGAUGCACUCUGCAGUACCAGCAUGCCAUGGUGCGAGUCCUCACACAAUUUGUAGCUGAGGAUUCUAGCCCUUGGGGUCAGCUGAGCUACCUGCUGGGCUCAGAUUGGCAGUUUGACAUUACAGACCUCGUGAAGGAUUUUAUGAAACUGGAGGAUCCUCACAUUGCCAAGCUGCAGGAAGGCAGGAUUUUGACUGGACGGGAAGUAGGAAUGACAACGAUGCAGGUUUUGUCUCCCCUGUCUGACUCCAUCCUGGCAGAGAAGACAGUGACUGUGCUAGAUGACAAAGUGACCAUAACAGACCUUGGAGUCCAGCUGGUGGCUGGGCUUUCACUCUUUCUUCAGCCAAGUGCAGCAAGUAGUCGGGCUAUUGUGGCUACAACCAUUGCCCAAGAGUUGCUUCAUACUCCUAAGCAGGAAGCUGUAGUAAGCACCUGGAUUCAGUUCAGUGACAGCUCCGUGACUCCGCUGGACAUUUAUGACUCUAAGGACUUCUCCCUUUCUGCUGUAUCAUUAGAUGAAGCUGUUGUCUCGAUCCACCAGAACUCUGCCUUAAAAUGGCCAGUUGUGGCAGCAGAAGGUGAAGGUCAGGGCACGUUAAUCAAGGUGGACAUGAUGAUUUCUGAAGCCUGCCAAAAGUCCAAGAGGAAAAGUGUCCUGGCUGUGGGGAAUGGCAAUAUCAAAGUCAAGUUUGGCCAGAAUGAUGCAGACUCUGAUACAGGUGGAGAUUAUGAUGCUGAUGAGAUUGAAAACCAUGCCAGCGACCGGCGGCACAAAGUGUCAGAUCAGGAACGGUAUGGCCAGGAUGGACGAUAUUAUGGUAGCUCUUCAGCAGAGCGAGAGGAAGGCGCCAUCAGGAAAGUCAGCACCACAGCAAAAUCCGUAAUAAAAAAUAAAGUAAUUAAAAAUAAUAGGCUGGAUGGUGGCAAACUCUCGGAUGACAGCCAGCUGCAGAACAUUCCUAUAGACUUCACCAACUUCCCUGCUCAAGUAGACCUACCAAAAGGCAAUGCAGGCAUGGAGGAAAAUGACCUGGUGCAGACACCUAGGGGCCUUAGCGAUUUGGAGAUUGGCAUGUAUGCUCUGCUAGGGGUCUUCUGCCUGGCAAUUCUAGUCUUCCUAAUAAACUGUGCAACAUUUGCACUGAAGUACCGUCACAAGCAGGUUCUGGUGGAAGGACAGGCCACCAUGACCCAUUCCCAUGACUGGGUCUGGCUGGGAAAUGAAGCAGAACUGCUGGAGAACACAGCAGAUGCAUCACCUCAGCAGGAUGAGCACACAACUAUUAUUGACCGAGGCUCGGGUUGCGAGGAGAGCAACCAGCUCCUCAAUGGUAAUGCUCAGAAGAACAUUCAGAGCCAGGUUCACAGGUGUGCUGACUCAGGGGGCAAGCUCGGAAAGGAACAGAAAUCUGAACCUUUACAUUCGCCGACAUCUAAGCGGAAGCGGGUAAAAUUCACGACAUUCACUACCAUCCCACCCGACGAUGGUUGUCCUACUGUCAACUCAAUCCUAAGUAGCAAUGACGAUGACAUUAAGUGGGUGUGCCAGGAUAUGGACCUGGGGGACUCCAAAGAGAUACGAAACUACAUGGAGAAGUUCAAAGACAAAGUGUAGCUCCUUGCUGGUUUUUUUGGGUUUAACCACACCUUGAUGCCUUCAGUUCUACAGUAUAUAUUGGGGCAGAAGAGGGGGAGGGGAAGGAAUCACCAGGAGAAACGAUGAGGCAGUUUAUAUAAUCAGGGAAGGAAAUUUGCCAAACUGUCCAUGGUUUAUUUUUGUUUUUCACUUCAUUUUGGUUUUUCAGCAGUUUUUCUGCUACUCAUGGAUUUAGGAAGUGGAAUAUAAAUAGCAGAAAGGAACAAGGAAAUGGUAUGACCCGUAUGAUGAACCGGGCAAGAUGAGGUUGUGAAAAUUUGUUUUAUGGGUCAUAGAAAUAAUAAUGAUAGUAAUGUUUCAAAGUACCAAAAAUAUUUGUAAAAAUAAAAGAGAGAAUUUAAGAGCAUGAAAAGAAUAAGCAAGAGACAAACAAUAACUUUCCUGUGUUUCUAAUAAAACAUCAAAAUUAUGGACAUAUGACCCACAGGGAGACUUUUUAGAUUGUUACUCAAGCCGUUUCUUUUUUUUCCUUCAUUUGAAGUGAAGAUGUGUCUUUGGCAUUACAUAUGAAGGAGGAAGAAAUUAGCUGGUAUUUUUAUUUUUACUUUUCUGUUUGUCUUGUAAGUUGAAACAGAAUAAUUUUCCCUCUUGUAUUUUUCUUUUAAAUGUCUUGGAAACAGGAAAAUUUUGCAUUCACUAAGUUCACAGUGGACCAAGAACAUUUUGUUUCUAAGGUAGCUAUAAAUAAUCUCCUGCCAUUUAAAGAAUUCAGGGGAUAAGUAUUGAUUAAGAAUUUCCAUGUGGUGUUUCUUCUGAAAGCCUAAGCCUCCAUUGCUUCACCCUAGCUAGAAAUAUGUUCUGUUUGGAAGAAGUAUUCAUUUUACUUUCAGGUUUGGAUUGUUUAUUUAGUUGUUUGUUUUAAAUUUCCACAACCAAAGUUCCUAUGUUUCACCAAGGGAGGAAGGUGCUUUUUUAUGUUAGCUUUUAGGAGUAACAACCAAUGGGAGUGCCCACUGGUGCAUUUUAAAUGUACCUGGAACUGAGACCAUCACAGGCCAAAUAUGUACAGCCUGGAUUUUGGUUUUUUGCGAAGUCCAUGAAUUCAUAGUUUUGUGCGGUAUUUUUCUGUUUAUUCUAAUGUUGCCAGCUCUCAACAAGCUCUGAAAGCGAGAAGAAGAAUGGACAGAAAGACACUGAUUGUCCCAAAACUUUUAUUUCCUUGUACUGGGAGAGCUGGCCUCUGGACAGAUUGUUGGAAGGGAGGGAAAUAUUGCUGAAGCAAGAUCAAGAAAUAUCUGGAGCUAUUUUAUAGAUUUUUUUUGCCAUUGGACCAGCUAAGACUGAAAAUUUUAGACUAGAUAGUAAAGCUGAUGUUUUGAAUAAACAAAUACAAAACCAGUAAUAAAUCUGAAGCAAACACAAAAUAGAGUCAUAGAUUCGUUGUGUAAACUGGCAGAACUGUGUUGACUCAGUGCCAGUUUACACUAAUGGAGGAAAGAGAUCAAAAUCUAUACAAUGAGGAAACCACUGUCAUCCAAAACCUUUUGUAACGAAAAGGAAGAUGGUAUAUCCAGCCUUUUGGAAAGCAGUAUUAUGUCCUGACUGUUAGCCAGAAGCACUUGCAUUGUCCUGUCUUUACUAUGUAUUUCUUUUUUUUUUAUUACUAAACUCAGUAGUUUGGUUUUUUUACUUGGACAAAAUCAAUCCUGCCAGCCAGUAACAUAGAUGGACGUUUUAACAAGAUAUGCCUAGUAUGCAUUGUAGACUGAAAGAAUGUAAUAUUUAUUUAUACAUGUUAUACAAAUUGUAAUUAAAAUGCUUUACAUGGCUUGACAAA